AUGAAGCAGGGCCCGCAAGGUUGCUCGAUCAAGCUCAGAGUCCCGACUUUCGGGAGAAAAUCCUUGAUCUUCGACCCACUCCUCGACGCCGGCACCCUGGAAGCCACGGCCCAGAAGGCCUCCGCGACCUUCUUCCAGCACUUCGUCAGCAGCGGCAUCUCCAGCAACCUCUCGCUCAGCACGGGCCGCAACUGGGCUUACCAGCCCAUCAACGCCACGCUGCCGUCAUGCCUGAUUUGGGACGACACCGGCCCGGUGUGCUCGAAGCCGUCGGUGUGGGAGACGGGCCACACCGACCGCACUGCCGACGCGCAGACGUGGAGGCGUGUCAGCGUGUUGCGGAUGAACGCCGUCGCGGUGUGGCUCAGCGUGGGCAUUCUGGCGUGGCUGCUCGCGACGGUGGUGGUUGUGGCCGCGGCGUUGCGGUGGCAUUUGCGCGGCUUGAAGGGCGAUGUGGAGCGCGUGGUGGAUGUGCUGCUGAUGGUUACUGGGAGCGAUCGGCUGCUGCGGUUGGUGAAUGAGGGGGGCGAGAGAGCGGCAGCGAAACAAGGGGUCAUGACGAGGUUGGGCUGGUUUGAGGAUCGGGAUGGGUCGAUGAGAUGGGGGAUUGAGGUGGCGGAGGAUGAGGGUGAGACGAGAGAUAAUUGA